AUGAAGGAAAUUCUGACACGAAGCAAAUACUUAAAGUCGCCUGAUCAGUACCGUGCCUUGAAGUCUUUGUAUGGAGCCAGGACCUUAGGUAAUGGUCUGCUCUCUGAGAUGAACCAUGAGGUCUGGAUGAAGAAACGUGCUCUCUUUAAUCCUGCUUUCCAUCGCAAAUAUUUAAUAGGCAUGAUGAACGAGUUCAAUAGCUGUUCAGAUAAAUUGGUCACUCAUUUGAUCCCAUUAAGUGAUGGUCAGACUGAGGUUGUCAUGACCAAGGAAUUUGAAAGGUUGACCAUGGAAGUCAUUGGAAAGGUUGGAUUUGGAAUGGAGGAUGAUAUCAUUGGGAACCCAGAUUCCCCUCUUUGUCAGCUCUUUCCAAAGGUUAUGUCUGGCUUGCUAUCUGUAUACAGAAAUCCACUACUAAAGUACAGCAUCCUUCCCAAAGACCUCAAAUACAAACGUGAGGUUAGAGCAGCUGCUAAUGAGAUCCGAGCGAUGGGUCGGCGUUGCAUCUUGGCUCGUAUGGAUGCUCUUAGACGGGGUGACCAAGUUCCUCGUGACAUUCUAACUUACAUCCUGCAGGAGUCAAACAACUCGGAAGGAGGAAUCAAAGACUUUGACUUAGAAGAACUGGUCGAUGAGUUCUUUACCUUCUUUGGAGCUGGUAACUUUUUGUGCACCAUCUUUCUUUCUUAUUCUUAUAAUAAACUGGUCUAGUGGUCAGCUAUUUGUCUCCAUGCACCUUCAAUCCAAUUCUGAUAA